AUGUACGUGGACAACAGCGUCUUUCCUGCUCAAAUAAAUGACUCGAAUGCAGUUAUCUCUGAUUUCCUGCUAGCAGAAAAUCCUCAGCGUUACAUUAUCAGCCUCUUCCUCUCCAGCCUCUACAUUAUAUUCCUGUUCCCUGUUGGCUUCAUCGGGAACAUCCUCAUCUUAGUGGUCAACCUGUACGACAGGGGCCGCCUCUCAGCCCCGGACCUCUACUUUGUGAACCUGGCCGUGGCCGACCUGCUCCUCGUUGCCGACUCUCUGAUCGAGGUGUUCAACCUGAAGCGGGGCUACUACGACCGGCCGGGCCUCUGCACCUUUAUGAACCUCUUCCAGCAGGGCAACAUGUACAGCAGCGUCUUCUUCCUCACCUGGAUGAGCUUUGACCGUUUUGUCACUCUGACCGGCUCCAUGGGUCACAGCAUGCCUCACCCCCGCCUCAGCUGCUGCCUCAUCUGGGUCGCCUCCUCUCUGCUCACCGUGCUCCCCUUUGCCAUAGCUCAAAGGCAGCACGCAGGAGAACUCCACUUCUGCUUUGCAAAUGUAUCGCAGAUUCAGUGGCUGGAGGUGAUGCUGGGUUUCCUGCUGCCUUUCUGCAUCUUGGGUCUGUGCUACUGGAGGAUAGCACAGGUGCUCGGGCAGAGUCAGAAGGUGCAGGGCGGCCCCCAGCCGAGGCCUCGCAGGCAGAAAGCUCUGAGGAUGAUCUCAGCAGCCGUGUUGGUGUUCUUCCUCUGCUGGCUCCCGGAGAACGUGUUUGUUAGUGUUCAACUUCUGAGAGGGGGGGCAGACGGCGGCACGCUGUGGCAGGACUACCCUCUGACUGGUCACGCUGCCAGACUCGCUGCGUUUUCUAACAGCUGCCUGAACCCGCUCAUCUACAACUUCUUCGGGGAGACAUUUCGGGAUAAACUGAGGAGGAGAUUCACGCUGCGCAGAGCUAUAAAGGAAUGGAACUCAUUGCCAAACUACCUUGCUGAAAUAGAGUCCAGAGCCUCUUUCAGAAAGAGAUUGGCCAUCUACUGA